AUGUCUUAAGUAGCUUCACAUAAUUAAUUUUUAGAGCCGUUCAUUCUGGAUUUGGAUCAUAUUAUAAGGAAUCUUAAUUCAACUAGCAGCAAAUUAGAGGGGCUAAAUGAGCUUGCAGAGGCGCUUAAUCAGGGUUGCUCAACUGCGAGUUUCCUGAGUCAGCUGGAAAAAUUAUUUUAGGGCUUGAGGUCUUGCCUUCUUGGGGACUCACAGUAAUUGGAGAUUGUUCUUCGGGUAAAUUAGCUUCUAGUGGAUAUGCUGCCAGAUAUUUAGCACUCAGAUGACCUUGAAAUUCAGUUUGCUCAAUUAGUUCCUAUUUUUAUCGAAAACCUAGGUAGCCCUAAAGCAGUUUUAAGAAAAUCUACUCACAAAUGCAUUGCUACAUAUGUAAAGGUGUCUAAGAAGCUGGAAUUCGUACUUCUCAACAUCAUUCAUACAGGAUUGGAAAGUACUAACUCAAGAACCAGACAGCAUUCAAUGCUUGUGAUACCUGCACUACUUUCCUUGAAACAGUCGGUUUUAGACAGACCUGCUCCAGAAAUGAUUGAACUAAUUAAAGUUAUAAUUAAGAAACUUAGAGAUUCACAAGAAGUUGUGGCUAAAACAGCGAGAAAACUACUGCUAGAGAUUAACAAAUGCUAUCCCCUCUAGUUCGAAAAUCAAAUUACGAACUCAAUGAGAACAGAAGAAGAAAAAUAAGUAUGCAGAGCAGUCCUCAGAAAUGAUGAGGACGAGGUAUUAAGGGUGCUUUCACAACCUUCACAAUAACAAUAAUAACUUUUAGUUUAAAGCCAAGUACAAAAUACUAAAAGAGGUAUAGAAGAGAGUAAGUAAAGUAAUUAUGCUACUGGAAAUGGUAAUGGAGGUAGCUCUUCGCUACAGUAAAGUUCCUUUAAGACUAGCAUGAAUAACUAAGCAAGCAAAGAACUUAGUAUAGUAGGAAAGGAGAUACUUCAGAGCAACAAUAACAAUAUAAACUCUUAACUUUCUUCAGUAUAAGGACUUGAUAAAAUAAUCUCACAAGCAAAAGAAGAGUCAAGGUAUCCUUAAGGCUAAAAUGGACUUUAUUUUGGUCUUCUUGAAGAGCAUAUAAUAGAAGCUCUCAAUGAGAAUAAUUAGUGGAAAGAGCGUACAAGUGCUAUUGAAGCUAUUGAAAGUAGAUUGAAUAUGUAUCUGAUGAGUGAAAAAAAGGUGGAGUUUAUGCCGUAUGCCACGCAUUUCUUAGGAUUUAUGAUUCAAUACAUACCAGAUAUAAACUUUAAAAUAUCAUUGAGCUCAAUCAAAAUUAUCUGCAAAUUACUUCAAAUGAGUCUAAUUAAUUUCAAAAAGUACUAUUCAUAAUUAGUCUCAGCUUUGGUUGAAAAACUGUCUGAUAGUAAGAAUUACAAAGCUAGCACAUUUGCUUUUCAUGCAAUGAGAUAUUUGCAGCAUGGAAAUUGGCAUGUCAGAGAGGGUGCUUUAUCUCUACUUGCUCACAGUGUGAUUACUUAGGGAGAAGGUAAAUCGUUUAAUGACACAUAAGGUGCGCCUGGUAAUAUUGAUUAAGAUACACCUUUACCAUUGAAUCCAACUUUUUUGUAAGAAGUAUGUUCACUCUAUCAAACAGAAGAUAAGCAAAAGAAUUAGAAUUAUAUUACUGAUCUACUGGCUUUGUGUAUUGAAAGGAGUAUGUCACCAAAUAAGACUUAAAAUUUAAUCUAAAAGCAAUUAGGAGUAUCCCCAUGUUUUAAUUCAGAUGAUGAUGUGUUAGAAUAUAGUGGCUCUUAAAAAGAAUCACUUCUCUAUAAAUUGGUGAUUGAGAGAUUAUAGAAAGGAAACCUUCCAUAUAUAAAUGAGGAAUCUAUUGUAGAAUUCCCUGCUCCUGGCCAAUAAAUCUCUUCUAAAAAUUUGCUACCAUAGCCUUUAAAUAUUAAUAAGCAUUUCAGUAUGGAAGAAUAAAAGGAUAAUAGGAAUAAUGCCUACUUCUAGCAAGAAACUAUGGCUAGUAAUCUCACAAAAGCUCCAUCUCAAAAUUUCAUGGAAAUGAAAAAACGUCAUGAUGAGGAUAAGAAAAUUCUUGUGAAUGUACACAAUUAAAAUCAGCAAUAGCCAACUUCAUAUUACAACAGAUUUGCAAGUGUCGAUAAGAUAAACGUUGAUGAUAGUGUGUAGACUAGUAAGGAGACAGAUAAAAUUGCGAUGUGGCUGCCCUCAUUCCAAAAUAAUACUAUUGGAUAAUAAGAUAGUCAAUUGACCAGUAAGCCUAUUCAAAUUAGCUAAGUUAAUAAAAAUUCAAGAAUGAGUAAUAACUCCUUAUAAACAAAUGAAUUUGGAGAUUAACUAAAUGCUACCACCAAUUCAGUGACUACCUAUCAAGAUAGUAAUAGUUACAGAUAAUCAGGCCAAAGUACAGUAUAAUAAACUUCUAAUUAUGGAAGUAACUUUGACAGAUUCGGUUAUACACCAGAGCAACACCAAAGCAAGCCAAGAACAAUAUAAUCAAAUGAAAUGAGGCAAAGGACAGUUGAUGCACUAAAAUCAGACUAAGAUUACUUUAAAGCCAAUAAUCAUCUACACACUGAAUUAAAGAUACAUUAGGCUAUACCUUUCCAGAAGAAUAUGAGUUAAAGCACAGGCGGUAUUGGAGGAUUCGGGUCUAAUGAUAAAGGACCACAUGUCAACGACAAGCUUAAAUUACUAAAAUCGAAUUCCAAAUAUAAGGACAAUGGUGGCUCAAUUUCCCCUGAAAAAAUGAGUGGUCAACGACUAUUUGAUGAUAAACAAGAAUAAGAGCUAAUCGAGGGAUUGAUCCCUGAUAAUAAGUUAAAAAGUAUAAGUACAGCUGGGAAUGUAGUUUAAAGAAAACCUAUAGUACAACCUAACUCAAGUUUUAAUGGACCUGUUAAAGGAAAUCACGAAUAUCUACAGACUAUUAGUAAUGAUGAUUAAGAGAGCGCUUAUAAUGCAACUCCAACUAUGACUAAGAUUAAGAAACCUCCUCUUACUAAUAAAUCAAAUACUAACACUUCUUAAGCUAAAACAUAAUCUAGAGCAUAAUCAGUUGAUAACUCUACUGCAAAUAUUGUUGCCAUAGAUCAGAGUUAGGCUGAUAUUUAUUUGCCAGUUGAGGAGCCUCUAUAGAAUGCUGAAAAGUAAUAUCAAACUGCUUUAGAUGGCCUUAAAUCUGGUGAUUGGCAAAAGUAGUUUGAUGGCUGUAACACUAUUAAAAGAGUUGCAUUAUUCCACAAACAAUUGCUAUCUAGUUCUAAUCCAUUGCAGCUAUAAGUCAUCAAGGAAUUAGUCAAGCUAGUAGAUUCUUUGAGAUCUCAACUUGCUAAGAAUGCUAUUGUUACUAUUAAACUAAUGAUAGAAAACCUCCCUUCAAAAGACUUAGACAGUCAAGUAGACUAAAUACUACCUGCUCUGCUUAAGAAAGCUGCAGAUACCAAUAUAUUUAUUUCUGAAUCAGCAGAUGCUACAAUAGUGACUUUAUGCUCAUUCCUGUCUGAGACUAAAGUUUUUAAUACUCUUCAAGCAACUUAAAAUAUUAAAAGUAAUAUAAUGAAAAUGAAGCUAGCACUUUGCUACAAUUCACUAAUUGAAAAACUUGGACCAAGAUUAAGAUAGUUCUAAAAUUGUGAUAAAUUAAUAUAAACAGUAGCUGGCUUCUUAAAUGAAGGUGCCAUUGAAGUAAGAAAUAUGGGCAAGAUUGGUUUAUUCAGCAUUAAGAACAUUAUUGGUUCUUAGAGAGAACUUGAAGGACUUCUCAAUAGAUGCGUCUCAAAUGAGAAGCAACUUGAUAAAAUAAAAUAAAUACUUGAAAAGGGUGACAUUGAUGCUAUUAGUAAUAAUGGAAGUACCAGAUAUGGCUCUAGCAUGAGGAAUAGCUCUCUUGACACAAAAAGUGUUGGAGGCUUUAGGGGCUAACCCUAGGUAACUGCUGCAGGCAGUGAUGGCUUUGGUAAAUAUACAUAAUCUUCAGAUUUCAAUAUGCAAUAAACUUUCCUAAAAUCCACAGGGGGUACAAGCAGCGCCGGAUUUGGAAGUACUUCUAAUACCUUUAAAAAGUAAAAUAACCUAUCUAAACCUAUUGAUCCGAUGCUUAUGGAGGAAUUCAAGUAGAUUAUCAAUGAACUAAGUACCAAUGAAUGGAAUAAGAGAUUGAAGUCAAUAGACACACUGUCAGAAUUCGUUAAAAACAACAUUACAACUAUUAAAACAGCUCCUCCUGCAAAGUUUAUAUCUCUCAUAGAUGCUUUUUGCAAAGUUCUAAAUGAUAACAAUGCCAAAGUACUUUCUCACGCCUAGCAAACUUUCAGAGUGAUACUGCUUAAUGAAAGUCUAAAGGGAAUAAUUGAACAGAAUCUAUCUAUGAUAGUUCAAGCUCUAAAUACUAAUCUCUAGAGCACCAAUUUUUAAGUUAGAGAGUAGGGUGAUAUACUAUUCGGAUUACUUGAAGGAGCAGUCGAAGCAGCCUAACUGAUACCACCUCUCACUGCCUAAAUAAAUCUGGCAAAUAACAGAUCAAAAGCCUAACUAGUUGAAAGACUUGCAAGUAAGAAAUAUCAUAUAUCUCAUAAUCAUAUUUGUAGACAUUAUAGAGAGAGUAGAUAAACCUGGUAUUGUAUAAAAAUACGUCUCCCCUCUGGUUUAGCAAGGCAAUAAAAUACAGGCUGA